ACAUCAUAUCAUAUAAUUUCAAUGGAGCUUAAGGAACGCCCAUUGAUGUGCAUGCGAAGGGAGGUGGUGAGCUGGAGCUCAACCCGUGAGAGCACAGGGAGGUGAGGACACUGGCGGCCAGCACCAGAGCAGGCGGCUACCACAACCAUGUUUUACCAUAUUUCUCUUGAGCACGAGAUUCUGCUACACCCCAGAUACUUUGGUCCACAACUGAUGGACACAGUCCGGCAGAUGCUCUUCACAGAGGUGGAGGGCACGUGUACCGGAAAGUAUGGAUUUGUCAUUGCUGUAACAACAAUUGAUCACAUUGGAUCUGGUAUGAUUCAAGCUGGCCGAGGAUUUGUUCUGUACCCAAUUAAGUAUAAAGCCAUUGUCUUCCGCCCAUUUAAAGGAGAAGUCCUCGAUGCUGUUGUUACACAGAUAAACAAAAUUGGUCUCUUCUGUGAAAUUGGACCCAUGCAGUGUUUUAUCUCAAGACAUUCCAUCCCUCAAGAUCUUGAGUUUGACCCAAACUCUAACCCUCCAUGCUACAAAAGCAGAGAUGAGGAAGUAGUUAUACAGCAGGAUGAUGAAAUCAGAGUGAAGAUUGUUGGUACCAGAGUAGAUGCUACAGAUAUUUUUGCAAUUGGCACUCUAAUGGAUGAUUAUCUUGGUCUUACAAGUUAAAGGAGGUAAACUCCAGUGCUCAAGACGGCUUGUACUUCAUCCUGUAUUAUUUUAUACUUGUAUUUGUAAUUUACAAAUUAUAAAGUAUAAUUCAUUAAA